GAGAGCAGCAUUUCACAACUGUACACUCAUUCGAUGCGCCGGCUAUGCAGACAGUCAGCUCGCCUCCUCCACCAGAACCCGCCGGUCGACGGCAAAUGGAACACCCAACUCAGAGUCCUAUCAAAACAAGGCCAAUACACCCAAGCUCUUAUGCUCUACCGCCAAAUGCUCCGCCAUGGCGACUACCCAAACGCCUUCACCUUUCCGUUUGUCAUAAAGUCUUCCGCCGCCCUACCCCCCCGUCCCUCGGGGGCCGGUGCGCAGCUCCACUGCCACGUCAUCAAGUCCGGCUGCGGCUCGGAGCCCUUUGUCCAGACGGCUUUGAUAACUAUGUACAGUAGAUUCUCCUUCGUCGAGGAUGCCCGCAAUGUGUUCGACGAAAUUCCUGAGUCAGAUAGGCUGACUGUUUGUUACAAUGCUUUGAUAUCGGGUUUUGUUCGAAAGACAAGGCUAUCAGAGGCGUUGCUUUUUCUGAAUCAAAUGAGGAUCGAAGGGGCAUUGCUUAGUAGGAUCACUGUUUUGGGAUUGGUUCCAGGAUGCUCUGCGCCGGAGCAGCUGGAUUUGGGGAUGUCGUUGCAUUCCAUGUCUUUGAAAUACGGUCUGAUUGUCGAUUUGGCUGUUGCAAACUGCUUUUUGUCGAUGUACAUGCGUUGUGGUUCGGUUGAGCUAGCAAAGGAGUUCUUUGAUGAGAUUCCGGGAAAGAGUUUGAUCACUUGGAAUGCAAUGAUAUCAGGGUACUCGCAGAAUGGACUUGGCAAGGAUGUUCUUGAUACUUACAGGGAUAUGCAAUGUAGGGGCGUACACCCCGAUGAGGUGACAUUUGUUGGUGUCUUAUCGGCUUGCGCAAACCUCGGAGCACAAAGAAUUGGUAUUGAGGUAGAGGAGAAGAUCGAGCUUCACGGGUUUGGAUUCAAUCCAUUUUUGAAGAAUGCACUGAUCAAUAUGUACGCUAGGUGCGGCAACCUGGCGAGGGCAAGGGCUAUUUUUGAUGAAAUGCCGGAGAAGAAUUUGGUAACGUGGACAGCUAUGAUAGGCGCUUACGGGAUGCACGGGGAUGGAAAGACGGCUGUGGAGCUUUUUGAUCGAAUGAUUGAGGAGGGUAUCCGGCCGGAUAAGGCUGUUUUUGUGUGUGUUUUGACGGCAUGUAGUCACGCCGGGCUUACUGAAAAGGGGUUGAAUUAUUUUUACUCAAUGGAGAAGGAAUAUAAUCUGAAGCCGGGCUCGGAGCACUAUUCUUGUGUCGUGGAUCUUUUGGGUCGGACAGGUCGAUUGGCGGAGGCUAGAAAUGUUGUCGAAUCGAUCCCAUUUAAGCCUGAUGGGCCUGUGUGGGGAGCUCUGUUGGGUGCCUGCAAGAUACACAAGAAUGUGCAUUUGGCAGAGAUGGCAUUCAACAAGGUUGUUGAGCUUGAACCUACGAAUAUAGGUUAUUACGUUUUGCUAUCGAAUAUUUACUCUGAAGCCGGUAAUGCUGAAGGGGUACUGAGGAUUCGGGUGAUGAUGAGAGAACGUGGAUUGAGGAAGGAUCCGGGGUAUAGCUAUGUCGAAUAUAAGGGGAGGAUUCAUCUCUUUGUAGCUGGCGAUAGAAAUCACCCUCAGACGAACGAGAUAUACGCAAUGCUGACAAAGUUAGAAGAUUUGGCAAGAGAACAGAGAGGGGACGAAGAUCAAACUACAUCGAAAGCAGGAGCAGCAAAAUUAAGUGAAAAAGUUCGAUACAUGAACCACAAAAAGACUUGGAUAAUGAUAUAUCACAAAUCAUGCUGUGGAAGCUAGCGUGGAUUCAAAUGGUGCGUGCAUCUUUCUGCCGGCUAAACUCCCAGGCCAGGAGAUUCUUGGAGUCAAACACGAGUUCGAUGGUGGCUUUUCAUGGUCUUGUAACAAUCUGAUGUUACGGAUACCUCUCUAAGCUAGCUGUUGCAUUAUCUGCCAUGGAUGGGAUGAGUAUCAGAUCACAUUUUACUUGGCUGAAUUAUCAUGGAUUUAUACAGUUAUACCGGCGCGAGGUGAUGAAAUAAUGCCUACAGCAGCUGUCAGGAACAUAUGAGCUGCAAAAGCAGUUAGUGGGGAAAAUUGCAAAAAAUAUCUCACAUGUAUACCCCAUUAUCACUUUUGUCCUGUAUUUAUGUCGCUUGCAAAAUAUAUCUCACAUGUUUGCAAAAGUCGCUAUUUCUAUCAUUUGGCCGCGCGUGAUCGCAUAAAUAGUGACUUUUGUAAACACGUGAGAUAUAUUUUGCCAGCAAGAUAAAUAAAGGACAAAAAUGAUAAAAGGAUAUAAAUGUGAGAUAUUUUUUUGCAAUAAUCUCGCAGUUAGUGGCACAAAAAAUUCGACAAAAAAUGUGAGAGUUACAAUCGAAGAUGGGACAGUUAUUGUGCAAUGUAAUAAUUGCAAACGAUACUUUGCUAAGAAUAUGACAUGAGGUAUGUACAUCUUAAUACAAUACAAGAAACACUCCGCGGAUUUCUUACAAAGGAAGUUGACUCUCAGAAAGAAAAGCAAGGAUAAACAACAAUUGUUGUCGUUCGCCAAAGGUUCAAUUGUAUCACUAAAUUUUGUUAUGUUCAUGUUAAGGUUAAGGUUUAGGAGCUUGCAUUGGAUAGGAGCUUGCUUAGGAUAUGGUGCUUGCUCAUGAAUAUCCAUUUUUAACCAGAGAUUGUAUUAUUUUUAGCAAAUUUAUGAUAAUAUCUUUAUUUUAUAAAAUGAUUU